AUGAUGAUGCAUAAUGGAGGAGGAACAGAUGAUUAAUAGAGUAAUUAGACGCUCUUUGAUGACUUGUGCAAACUUCAAUCGCUGAUUAAACAUGAAUAAAAUUUAUAGUCGCACUUUGCGAAAGAAAAGGAGGAUUAUUGUUCUAAGAUAGCCAAUUAGCAUCAAGAAUAUUAUAAGCAAUAGUUGGCCUUCAUAAGCGAACAUAACAUAUUUAAUUAGUCAAUUGAAAAAGAUGAAUUGGUGCAUCUACCCAAAUCGACUUUGACUAAAACAGAACGUACAUUAGAGGUAAAACCACAAGUUCAAUUUGGAGAAGCGUUCAAAAGAAUACAGAGUCUUUUAUUUAUGUUGCGGGAAAAUGAGGACGUAUUCUAGGUAUUCUCUCAGAAUUUAUACAAGUUAAGCAAUAAUCUUAACGGAUCUAUACCUGAAACCUUAGUCAACUUUUUAUUCAAUGACUUAACAUAUUCCCAGGGAUUAAAUGCUAGGUUCAUGAUAAUAAUGAGAUUGAUAAUUAAGAAGGAAGUUGAGAUUGCUGAGAGUCCAGACUAAUUGCUGAAGUGCAUGGUAGAAAAGAUUUUCAAAGAGUUAAUAAAGUAGAGUGAUUCAAGAAGAUACAUCACGUACUUGUUCAAGUCAAAAUAUGAUCGUAUUGAUUUCAAUUACCUCGAUUUCAAAGAUAUUUGCAAGGUAUAUGACGGGUUAUAAAGAAAGUCAUCACUAGAUUAAGACUAAGUCACAGAAACAACUAGAGUUAAUGAUAUUGUAUUUGAAAUCGUCCACAAUGCUUCAUCCGCAGGAAAUAAUUAGCUCGACGAGACUAAUGAAUCAUCCAGCAGAGGAGCAUCUUAUAAGUCAGACAGGAAAGAAGUUGAUAGAAGAUCUUUCCCUGAAAAUAAAAACACCAGUCCUAAUCAAUCUACUCAUACUCUUUCUAAGUAAAGCUCAUCAAAUGGUAUCUCAAAUGAUACUAGAUCAAAUACUGAAAGCAUCCUGAUCACAAAUAAUGACGAGAGAUCUAGUGAGGGUAAAUCAAAGAGCACUAGAGACGCAGCUUCAUCAGCACAAUAAUCAGCAGCUACCAUUAAUAUGAUCAACCACAUGCAUGAAAUAUUGGAAGCAAUACUUGACUAGAUUUUCUCAAAAGUGAAUGCAAUGCCUUAUGUCCUCAGAGAAUUUUUCUUAGUCUUACAUAAUGAAUGUUAAUCAAAAUGGGGCCACUUAAUGAGUUAGCAAAAGUUAUUUGGUAUAAUUUCAGACUUUUUAAUUAACAAAUGGAUUGUGCCUGUCUGCUUUUUCAAACUUAGCUAAAAUGGUUUAACUAAAGACUUCUACCUAGGAGAAAAUUGCAAAUAAAAUCUAAAAUUAUUGGGUAAAUUAAUGCAAAGAAUAUUUAAGUUUGAAGAGAUUGUCUAUCCAAUAAAAGAAGAUAAAUAGCAAAAAUAUCAGUUUUAAUCAAUGAUAAUGAAUCUUAGUGAUGUCAAUUUUCUAUAUCAGUUCUUUAAGGAUUUCACUGAAGAAUUCACUACAAAGCCUAUGAGAGCAGAUUCUAUGAUAUUCUCAUAGUCAUUAGUCAAACAAUCGAAUGAAAAAAAACUUGGUCAUAUGGAUUCAUUACUUCAAAAAGACUUUUCAUCUGGCUAUGAAACUAAAGAGUAAAAAUACUUCUAUUUCUAUAAGUUUAACGAAUUGCAACCUAAAAAGAAGUCUGAUCCAACAUACUAACCCUCACCCUAUGAGAGAGUAAUUGCUGAUCUAAGUCAUGAGGAUAAAAUUAUUCAGAAAAAUCUUAAGAUUCUUCUCAAUGAAUGUGAUUUCAUUGAUCAAUAUGGUUUCAAUAUCAAGAAUAAAAACAAUAUCUCAGAGAUCUUGAAAGUUAUAGAACAGAGGGGAUUUGAGAGAGAAAUAGAUCUUUAAACAGCAGAAAGGAAUUAAAAUGUCUCUACUUUGAUAAGAUACUCCAAUUAAUUAUAUUCAAGAGUUGACUAACUUGAUUAAGAUUUCAAGUAUCUCGAACUACUGUUUAAAGUUAAAAAGAGGAGUUAGUUCAUAUAAAAUGCUAAGUUCGACCUAUGCCUUUACAGAUUUGAACCAAAUGAUUUUAUUGAAAUAACAGAAGGUGAUUAAUAAUGCAAACAUUAGCCUCAAAGAAAUGAUGAAUAAGAUCAUACAGCUCAUAAAAUGAUGAUGCAAUAGCAGUAAGCUUAGCAGGAGAAAGAAUUAAAAGAAAGAGAAAAGUAGAAAAGAGCUCCAUUAGAGGGAAACAUAGCAAUGAAGUUCCUCUUAAAAUCAGGGGAUUUUGAAAGAUUUUUAAAUAAAGGAAAGCAAGAUAAGAAUGCUGGUGAAAGAAAAUAAACAUCAAAAUAAUAAGAAGAAUUAAAGAAUUCUGCAAGUAAUAUUGCAAAUUAUGAUAAUAGUCCUCCUCAAAGAUCAGUAGAUUUCAGCAACAGAAAGUAAACUGUAACAAUGAGAGGGGCCCAGAGUAUUCAAUUAGAUAGUAUUAGUUAAAAUCAAUUACUAUCUUAAAAUAGGCCAACUGCACCAAGAGAUUAUAAGAAGUAUAAGCAAAGAAUUAAAUCUAUCAAUGACUUCAUUCAAAAGAUGAUUAAGCUCCCAAUAAUAGGAAAGGUGCUCUCAUUUGAUGAUUUAGAGUGGGCAGGGAUUAAAUAAUGCUUUGCAGAUUUUUACGAGAAAGUGAGGACAAAAGUAAUGGAAGAUGAGAUACUUAGUAGAGAUGUAGAUGAGCACAUGACGGAAAUAGCAGAUUUCAUCUGUCUUAGACUUUAUAAGAAAAUAUUUGAAAAUAAGAUGCAAUCUUAAAAAGAGUACGAAGUUUACAGUAAAAUAUAAAGUCUUUAAUGGCUUAGUCCUGAUGCUUUUGGUAUUUAAAGUGAUACUUUGACAAAGCCUAUGUGGGAUAGUGCAGUUCGGGAACUUUGUUUCAGACUUAUUGAUUCAACAUUCUCGCUAUUUAGCACAGAAGAAGGAAUAAACACUGCAUGUGCUGAUGAUAUGCUUCAAAUAUUCCCCUAUAUUGUAUUAAAAGCUAAAAUAGAGAGACUGCUAGGCCACUUAAAGAAAAUUCAAGAGGCAAACUAUCAAAAUGAGGACUUCUUUGAUAUGCAGGCAAAACAAUUCCAUGAAAUCAGGCUUAAAAACAAGUAUGAUUAAUGUCUUAGAUGCAAGAAGUGGCAUUCUCCUAUAGAGGAAUGUACGCUUAGCAAAAACAAUAGUCUAAAUGAUGCAAAUAAAACUGAGUAAGAAUGA